AUGAAGGAGAGUCGUGGGGCCCAGUCACUGUAUCUCCAGGAAGUCCUAACUUACAGUGGAGACUCCGCUUUUCUGAUUUUUCUUCAGGCUCUCCGUCGACAUGAAUAUACCACACUAGCAGAAAAUUUGGAAAAGCACUUAGAGGUCAUAGACAUAAAUGGCAUAUUGGAAGAUCUAAAGGACCAGAGGGUCAUUGAGCACGCCGAUUAUGUCGAAAAUACGAAGAAGAGUUGGAAAGAAAAGAUGCUGUUUCUUCGGGAAGUUCUACCUCUAAAGGAAGAGCGAUUUCCAAAAAUCAUGCAGGACCUCCGUGAAAGUGGCCAUGUCUACCUUCCAUUCAUGCUGGAACAAGGCCAUGUGGGGUCGCUUUUGAACCUCAUGCAGGACUUUAGUAAUGAAAUGCCAGAAGCUGCAGGAAAGACUCUGCGAUUUGAACAGGCAAUCAAAUGA